AUGGACAAGACAGACUACGAAUACCUUGUCAUUGGCGGCGGACCAGCUGGUCUCCAAAUGGCGUACUUCUUGGAAAAGGCAAAUAAAGACUACAUCGUAUUGGAGAGAGAUGGUGGAGUAGGCUCUUUUUUUGUAAGAUAUCCACGCCAUCGAAAGUUAAUAUCUAUCAACAAAAAGUUCAACUAUUUCCCUGAGAAAGAAUACAAUCUUAGGCACGAUUGGAACUCGCUGCUUAGUGAUGAAGAAGAUUUGCUGUUCACGAAUUAUACAAGCGAGUUAUUUCCUAAUGCAGAUUUGCUCGUGAAAUACAUGAGAGACUAUGCAAAGAAAUUCAAUCUCAAUAUUCGUCUAAAUACCACAGUAACAAACAUCCAUCGGGAUCCAAUACUAAAAGGCAAAUAUCGAUCUCUCUACACAAUUACGGAACAGAAUGGAAUGAAAUAUACAUGUAAAGUACUACUUAUGGCAACUGGUGCUGCCAUGCCAGACAAACCAAAGAUUGAAGGUGCUGAACUAUGCGACACUUAUCAAAAACACAGUCUUGACAAGAAAUUAUACGAAAAUAAGAAGGUGUUAAUUCUUGGUGGAGGGAACAGUGCUUUUGAGGUUGCAGACCAUAUUUCCGACAGUGCUGCACUUAUUCACAUGUGUACUCGAACACCGGUGAUAUUUUCAUGGGAUAGUCAUUUUGUUGGUGACCUCCGAGCAGUAAACAACAACAUCCUAGACAUGUACCAUUUAAAAUCAUUACACGCACUUCGUCAAUGUGACACAAAACAGUUUGUAAAAGAAGAAGAUGGUAGAUUCACUCAGACAUUUGAAAUGGAGCUUCCCCAUUGGAAUCCACCUGGCACAGCCACUUUCACCAGCAAAGGUUAUGACAGUGUAAUUCUAGCAACUGGGUGGAAGUUUAUAAAUAUUGACAUGUUUGAUGAAAGUUGUAAACCAGAAACGCACACUGAUGGCAAGUUCAUAGUAUUGGAUGAACACUGGGAGACAACUGUACCAGAUAUGUUUUUUAUUGGUACUGCCAUGCAGUCCCGGGAUCACAAAGCAGCUUCUGGUUUUAUUCAUGGCUUCAGAUACAAUAUCCGAACAUUGUUUCACAUGAUGGACAUGCGCUAUGAUGGAGGAGACCUAGCUAAAAAGAUAUUCCCAUCAAUUGAUGCAACAGAGUUAGCAAAUUUUAUGACACAUCAUGUAAGUAUUUCAUCAGCUCUCUAUCAGCUUGGACAAGGAUUUCUUUGUGAUGUCCUAGUGCUGAAACCAGAAGAAGCUGCCAAAAGUGAUUGCAGUGAACAAAUGGCAGGUGUGGCAGAGUAUUAUUAUGAACUUCCCCAAGCAUGGGUGUUGAAGAAUGAUUACUUCAUGAACCAAGCACACAUGAUUAUUAUUACAAUUGAAGACAGUCACCACAUGUUCCCUUCAACAAGUGCAACGGAAUUCUUCAAGCCUGGUGAUAUGAACCCCCGUGACUGUAAGUGUACAGCUUUCCCACAAGGUGUGUUCUAUUCCUACAGAUGUGGCAAAUUGGAAGAAGUAGUGCAUAUUGGUGGGUCCUUGGUUGUCAGAGCUGAUAAGAAAAUAUUUGUUGGCGAUACAAACCCAGACAGGUUUACCAACAAGCUAAAAAAUCUGUUUAAUAGACAGAUUGGAAUUGGAUCUGGAGACCACUAUGAAAGGCUCUUCCCACCGGAGGAAUGGGAGAAAGUCUACAGACCAUGGACAGAAGAGGAAGUUGAGAUGAGAAAGAUGAAAGAGAUAGCAAUGAAAUCAAGAAAAUUUGAGUGCAAAUUGGGAAUUCUUGACUGAAUCUCACAAUAAAUAAUAAAUGGCAAUUAACAUUUAUUUAAAAUCUAAAACAGAACAGAAUACAAUGUCAGAUCAAUAUA